AUGUCUACACCCAAGCUGCUAUCAUCGCAAUCAAUUGCCAAACACAACACAGCCUCUGAUUGUUGGAUUGUUGUAAACGAUCAGGUCUGGGAUAUUACCGACUUUCUCCAGGAGCAUCCUGGCGGACCAUCAAUUAUUCUCAAAUAUGCUGGACGUGAUGCCACACAGGCCUAUUCGGCAGUUCACUCCCCUAGUGUCAUCCGCAAGGGACUUUCGACUGAUAAACUAAAGGGGAUUCUUGACCAGUCGACUAUUGACGCUGAAUGGUCGAAGGGACCUGCACAGGCAGCUAAUCAGCCUACUGGAGAGAAUGAAAAGCCGCCGUUACAUACCCUCAUCAGUGCACACGACUUUCAACUGGUCGCCUCCAAGACGGCCCCUGCAAAGACAUGGGCUUUUUACUCAAGUGCAGCCAACGAUUUAAUCACUCGCGAUGCAAACAAGUCAUCCUUUGACCGGAUUUGGUUUCGUCCGCGAGUGAUGCGCAAUGUGCGAGAGGUCAACACAAAAUCCAGCAUCCUGGGGUGUAGCGUGAGCAUGCCGCUCUUUGUCGCACCUAGCGCAAUGGUGAAGCUGAUUCACCCUGAUGGCGAAUUGGGGAUUGCACGAGCAUGUCAGUCAAGGGGUAUCAUGCAGGGAAUCUCGAAUAAUGCAUCUUUCUCCCUGAAGGAAAUCAGCGACGCAGCACCCGAUACACAGUUUAUCUUCCAGCUGUACGUCAACCGUGACCGGGCUAAAUCUGCUGCUCAGCUGCGUGAGUGUUCUGCCAACCCACAGGUCAAGGCUAUAUGCAUCACUGUGGACGCAGCCUGGCCCGGUAAACGGGAAGCCGAUGAGCGGGUCAAGGCAGAUGAAAACCUCACCUUGCCUAUGGUUCCAGCGAAGGGCAACAACGACAAGAAGGGUGGUGGUCUAGGACGAGUGAUGGCCGGCUUUAUUGACCCGGGGCUUACAUGGGAGGACGUGAAGUGGGCGCGACAGCACACACAUCUCCCGUUGUUGCUGAAGGGUGUGCAGUCUGCAGACGAUGCCGUGAUGGCCAUGGAAGCGGGUAUUGAUGGUAUCAUGCUGAGCAACCACGGUGGUAGAAACCUGGACACCAGCCCAGCCUCAAUCAUCGUCUUGCUCGAGUUGCACCGCAGAUGUCCCGAGGUAUUUGACCGGAUGGAGAUUUACAUUGACUCCGGAAUCAGACGGGGCACAGAUGUCCUCAAGGCCAUCUGUCUGGGAGCAACAGCCGUCGGGAUGGGAAGAAGCUUUCUCUUUGCAUCAAACUACGGCCAGGAGGGUGCCGAGCACUUGAUUGACAGUAUGUAUUAUUUGUUUUCAUACAUUUUCUUCUUCUUCCAUCCACCUUUUUGGCCAGUAGUCAUGAGAGAUGAGCUGGAGGGAGCCAUGAGAAACAUCGGCAUCACUUCUCUCCACCAAGCAGGCCCUCAGUACAUCAACACUGCCGACAUUGACCAUCUGGUGCCCGAGUCGGCUUCUCAUCCGUAUGCAAGAUCCGUUUCCCGCAGCAAGCGCUCAUCGAAGCUGUGA